CCGACCGCGUUGCUCCUUGCAAUCUCCAGUUUCUUAUCCACAAUCCCCAUCGCAUCGGUCGAUUGCCUGCAACUCUCCGCCCGCCUUAUCACGCUGAGACUCUAAUCGCCAAGAGCCAGGGCCUUUCUGAGAUCCAUUGCGGCCAAGCACCACAUCAAAUAAAACAGUCGCCCCCCCAAGCGCCGCGACCAUGGCUACCUCCACUGAACAGUAUCGCCAAUAUCCACCGCCGCCGUCGAAUUAUCCGGCGCAGGAUCAUCAACAGCAGCAAUAUCAACAGACUGCCCCGGUCUCGCCGCGCAAAGGUUCGCAGAAUCCGCCUGCCCACAGCCGAACGUUCAGCUUUCAUUCUCAAAAGUCGCAUAAGAGCUCUGGUAGCAAGGACUUGCAAGAAACCCACGCCGAGAAGGAAGCGAAGCGUUUACAUAGCAAAGCGGAUCCCACGUUAGCCAUAAGCGAAGCAGAGCCAUCUGCCAUCGCUGCCAUGAUGACCGAGUCGAGUUUUGCCCCUCUGCGGUCCAUGCAACACAAAGAUGCCUUCGGAAACUCUAUCGCGGAUCCCGACAAAUCGAACCCGACUCGAAACAGAUGGGAGCGCCCAUUAGACACUAUUCGUAGUUUCGAGGCCGCAAUCGAUGGUGGUUACUCACGCAAGUCUCUCUACCGAGCGGAAACGGAUUCACAGGCCAACUGGAACAGGCGGAAUAGUUCUUAUAACAGUCAGCCUCGCUUCCCUCGCGACAACUACUACAACAACCGCCCCGUUUCCUUUAGACCGGAGAAUCAAUUUGAGAAUGGGUCUACCCGAAGCAACUACUUUGAUGGGCAAGCUUAUAGCAAUGGCUUUGGCACUGGCCCAUCUCGGCAACGGAUGUCUAGAAUGCAGUCUGAGCCACAGUACCAGAGCGGCCACGAUCAGAAUAUCUAUCCUCUCCCCCACAAGGACCGAUCAUACGAGACGGUGACUUCUGCUGGGGGUAGUGGCAAUUCGGAUCACGCAGGCUAUCAGACAGACCCUACGAGCAGCGACAACAGCUCAAUUGAUCGGACGAUGCCGGCUAAGCGCCGCGAGCCCUUGAAUGAGCAUGCGUCCGGCUCAUAUCAGCCUCAGCAUCCAUACCAGUCACGCCCUUGGCCAGCAUCUGGUUCUGGUGUGAACAAUGAGGGACAACCUCAAGUACUACCACCUUCGCAUUCGCAGCCUCCUACGACACAGGCUCAGGCCUCAAUUCCACCGCAGAAACAGAAGAAUACCCUUUUGAGGAGGACAUCAACUCAACAGUCGGCACACCAACCUCAGCAAGCAGCUAACGGGGACAAGCGCAAGAGUUGGUUUUCUCGCAGGUUCAGCAAAAACUCUUGAAGAGCCAGCGGUUCAGUAAUGACUGUCAACGUUUGAAACGAACACGAAACAAACCUUAUUAUGCAACUACUUUCCUUUGUCGAUACCCGUUUUCUUUGAUAUUCGACGUCGAAUGGCACGAUCGAACAGUACUUGAAGCGCCUGUACUAUUCGACGGAUUUUGCGAUGGCCCCCCGGAGUAUGCUGCCAUGCCUCGUGCUUCGUCCCUCUUAUAGGGCAGAGCGGCAGAUACUGUUUAACUUAGGUCAAAUUGGUUUACAGUUG